AUGGCAGCAGUAGUGACCGCCUCGCCUUUCCUGAAACCCUUCGCUUUGAGAUACUCCCCGGCGGGAGUGAGCCCAGCCCACCGCAGGCGCCACACUCUCCCCGCCAGCGAGUUCCGCAACCUGAGCCUGACAGACGCACUCAGCGUGUUCGAGAUCGAGAGGGAAGCCUUUAUUUCAGUCUCUGGAGAAUGUCCCUUACACAUGGAUGAAGUCAGACACUUUCUUGAGCUCUGCCCGGAGUUAUCCCUUGGCUGGUUUGAAGAAGGGAGGCUGGUAGCCUUUGUAAUUGGCUCUGGAUGGGACAAGGACAAGUUGUCACAGGAUGCUAUGACCAUUCAUGUCCCUGGGGGCUCCACUGUGCACAUUCACGUUCUGGCUGUCCACCACAAGUGCCGUCAGCAAGGGAAAGGUUCCAUUAUCUUAUGGCGAUACUUACAAUACCUGCGAUGUCUCCCCACGGUCAAACGAGCUGUUCUAAUGUGUGAAGAUUUCUUGAUCACAUUCUACCAGAAAGCUGGCUUUAGAGAGAUCGGACCUUCUGGCAUUGUAGUGGGUCCCCUCACAUUUACUGAGAUGGAAUACCCUCUUGGUGGAGGAGCUUACCUGCGGAGAAACAGCGGCUGCUAA